AUGACUGACAAAGAUGGAGUGACUCUCUUCGAGAAGAAGCUAGGAACACAGGCUGAAGAGGAAGCUGUCAUUGAGCUUGUCACGGCCUUAGAUCUGAUACCACUGGCUAUUGUGCAAGCAGCAGCAUAUAUCAAGCAAAGGGCCCCACAAUGCUCUGUACAGCAGUACCUUGAGCAAUUCCGCAAGGGUGACCGCAAAAGAACCAAACUUUUGGAAAAAGAAGGGGGACGACUUCGCCGAGACUAG